AUGCACAACUACCACUUAUUGGUUGUGAACGGUAAUGAAUACACACGGUGCCGACAGAGGGACACAAUGUUUCGACGGCACUGCGUCGUCGCUGAAAUACUGAAGACUACUGAGUGGGUAUUAUUUAUCGACGCUGACAUUGGUGUUGUAAACCCAACAAGGUUAAUUGAAGAAUAUAUCGACGCUCGUUACGAUAUCACUUUUUACGAUCGAUUCUGCAGUUGGGAGGUGGCAAUGGGAUCGUACAUAGUGCGAAAUACGCAGUUUUCUCGAACAUUCCUGAUGAAUUUCGCGAACUUCGAAACCCAUCUACCUAACUCAUUUCACGGAAGCGAUAACGGUGCCAUUCACAUAACCGACGUGAUGCUCACGUAUGCUACUUCGAUUUGGCAUCAAUCCAGCGGUUUCGAUGAUUUAUUCCUGUACGAAUCAUGCAUUCGAUCGAUAAUCGGAUCUCGGAGGACUUUCGAGAAAGUGCGAAUCGUGCGAAAGGGCACUGGAUGGGUUCGUGACAUAUGGAUAACAGACAGCCUAUGGAGCUCCGAAAGGGACUUUAUGCUCCAUGGAAUGAAAGAAAGCGAUCGUUCAACGGUUCCAGAUGGACUUUUCUCCCAUUUGAGAUCUAUGGUUUCAUCGCGAUUCACAUGGUAUCCACCACUGACUAAAGACCUAAACCUGCAACAAUGCUCAUCGGGAAACGUUGAAUGGGAGUACGAUAUGCGGCUACGAGUCUCACGUUCCACUGUGGAGAAGCUGCUUCACGACAUGGCUCAAUCUGUGGAAAAACGUCGUUGGAGAUCGUUGGGCCGAGUUCACGACUACUUAUGA